ACAUCAUUGUAUACUUAAGUACACAAUGACGAAAUAUUCUAAAAACAAAUAGAAAUAUUUCACUAAUGUAAAAUAAAGGAUGAAACCUAUUCUAUAUUGAAAAUUCAACCAUCUACGCCCCUGGUCGCCCCAUUUCAUUCAGGCUCGUUUCAAUCAAACGCACAUGGCACACGCUGAUCGCACACAAAACUAGUUUUCUUUUUCUGAUCCCUCCUGUAUCUUACCUGGAUGAAGAGGAAGUAUCGUAUGGUGUCUCCAGACCAUUGCACCAUCUAAGUCGUGAAAGCUCUAUUGCGAAGAAGUGCGUGUACGGAUCUCAACCUGUGCGAUGUUGAUGUAGUGCUCGUCAUAAUGAAAAGGAGAAAAAGAACUAGUGACAGGUGCGGAUUUGCUAAUAGGAAUAAUAUGCGAACAAUCAAGCGUAAUCGCGGUCCAGAUGAGGAAGAACGUCUGAAUGAAAUGUUGAAAAUUUGUUUACAAAAGGUGUGUCAGUUGCAAGAAGAGCUAGAAAGGACAGAAAAUUUGGCGGAUCCUGAGGCCGAAGGAUAUGCAACCUGUGUUAUGGAAACACUAAGAUUUUUGUCGACUCAAGGAUUACCUUCGAAUCACCCAAUUGUGAAAGGUCUUACUGAUAAACUACUUAACAGAAAUGAUAAAGAAUCUUGAGCCUCCGAAAUAUUUCUUUGAAAAACCAACCAAUUUGUUCUAGUUCUUCUGAACCGACUUAAAAUCAAACAAUAUCUAGUCAUGAUAUACUCAAAUUUUCAUUCUAGUCAUUAUUUAAUUGAAAUAUCAAUUAAGAUCACUGUGUACUCUUACCCUAUUUAUUAAAAUUUUUAUUGUA